CAGGCCGGGCAGAGCCGCCUCCCAGCCUGCCCCUGGGGAGGGGCCACCUGGUGUCAAUUAAGUCCCAGUCACUGCCAUGCCAGGCGGCUGAUUAGUACCGCUGGCCUCUCCAGAUGGGGAGCACCGGCUGAGAGGGGCAACGCCACCAUGCCAGGGUGAGGCCUCGCUGGAGUGGCUCCAGAAGCCCUACAUUUCAUCUGAAUGUGACAAGCUGGUGACAAGAUACCCAGAGAGUGGUUCACAGCCACCAUGCAUCAAUUCUAGACCCAUCCAUCAGACAUUGAUCCUCCCAGUCUGCCCGACCUGUCGUUCAGGGACAUGUCCCACUGGUUCUUCUGACGUCUGUCUGGUCAACCGUUGCUUCUGGAGAGAGGAAGGAGGUUGACACGUGAAAUCAUGCCACCAACGGCCAAAUGGCAAUGAGUGGGUGACGCCGAGUUGACGUCAAAGACCGAGAGGACAGAAGCCUCUGCAGCCUGUGUCCCCAGCUCUUUGCUUGGCAUAGCCUGAGCCCAGCUCCUCCUGGUGAAGUCACUUUGAUACAUUUUGAGGUCUUCAGACAGGACCCUUAACCACAGGCACCAUGGAAGAUCACAUGUUCGGUGUUCAGCAAAUCCAACCCAAUGUCAUCUCUGUCCGCCUCUUCAAGCGCAAAGUCGGGGGCCUGGGGUUCCUGGUGAAGGAGCGGGUUAGCAAGCCACCUGUGAUCAUCGACCUGAUUCGAGGGGGGGCUGCGGAGCAGAGUGGCCUCAUCCAGGCAGGGGACAUAAUUCUUGCUGUCAACGGCCGACCCUUGGUGGACCUGAGCUACAACAGUGCCCUGGAGGUGCUCAGAGGCAUCGCCUCGGAGACCCACGUGGUCCUCAUUCUGAGAGGCCCCGAGGGCUUCACCACACACCUGGAGACGACCUUCACCGGGGAUGGGACCCCCAAGACCAUUCGGGUGACCCAGCCUCUGGGUCCCUCUAGCAAAGCUGUCGACCUGUCCCGCCAGACAUCAGCCAGCAAAGAGCAACCAGUAGUCAUGGGUGGGGCUGCCGGCCCUGGGAACAGACCUCAGCACACUCAGGACAGUGGGAAGGAUACCAGCUCGCUGUCCCACGACAAUGGCCUGGCUCCUGGGCCCACGAGCCAGGACACUGCCAAGAAAAGUGCCAACGUCAGCGUCCAAGGCAAGGAAGACCCCAACGAGCUGCUCAGAGAGAUCGAGCCUCUGCUGAGCCUCCUCACCAGCGGGGGCAAAGCGGUCAACAGAGGUGGACCUGCCAAGAUGGACACCAAAGACACCGGAGUCCAAGUGGACAGAGAUCUGGACAGCAAGUCGCACAAAGCUUUGUCCCUUGGUGGGGAGAAUGACCGAGUCUUCAACGACCUGUGGGGGAAGGGCAAUGAGCCUGUCGUCCUCAACAACCCGUAUUCAGAGAGGGAGCAGCCCCCUGCCUCGGGAAGACAGUCCCCCACCAAGAAUGGCAGCCCCUCCAAGUGCCCCCGUUUCCUCAAGGUCAAGAACUGGGAGACUGAUGUGGUCCUCACCGACACCCUCCACCUUAAAAGCACGCUGGAAACGGGGUGCACAGAGCACAUCUGCAUGGGCUCCGUCAUGCUCCCUUCUCAGCACACACGGAGGCCCGAGGACGUCCGCUCCAAGGAGCAGCUCUUCCCCCUCGCCAAAGACUUCAUUGAUCAGUAUUACUCUUCGAUUAAAAGAUUUGGCUCCAAAGCCCACAUGGACAGGCUGGAAGAGGUGAACAAGGAGAUCCAAAGCACCAGCACCUACCAGCUCAAGGACACCGAGCUCAUCUAUGGGGCCAAGCACGCCUGGCGAAACGCCUCCCGCUGUGUCGGCAGGAUCCAGUGGUCCAAGCUGCAGGUGUUUGAUGCCCGGGACUGCACAACAGCUCAUGGGAUGUUCAACUAUAUUUGCAACCACGUCAAAUAUGCCACCAACAAAGGUAACCUCAGGUCGGCCAUCACCAUAUUUCCCCAGAGGACCGAUGGCAAGCACGACUUUCGGGUCUGGAACUCUCAGCUCAUCCGCUACGCCGGCUACAAGCAGCCUGAUGGCUCCACCCUGGGGGACCCAGCCAAUGUGCAAUUCACAGAGAUCUGCAUCCAACAGGGCUGGAAACCCCCAAGGGGCCGCUUUGAUGUCCUGCCACUCCUGCUCCAGGCCAACGGCAAUGACCCUGAGCUCUUCCAGAUCCCCCCGGAGCUGGUGCUGGAAGUGCCCAUCAGGCACCCCAGGUUUGACUGGUUCAAGGACCUGGGGCUCAAGUGGUAUGGCCUCCCUGCGGUCUCCAACAUGCUGCUGGAGAUCGGUGGCCUGGAGUUCAGCGCCUGUCCCUUCAGCGGCUGGUACAUGGGCACAGAGAUCGGCGUCCGUGACUACUGUGACAACUCUCGCUACAACAUCCUGGAGGAAGUAGCCAAGAAGAUGAACUUGGACAUGAGGAAGACGUCCUCACUGUGGAAGGACCAGGCGCUGGUGGAGAUCAACAUUGCAGUGCUGUACAGUUUCCAGAGUGACAAAGUGACCAUCGUGGACCAUCACUCUGCCACCGAGUCCUUUAUCAAACACAUGGAGAAUGAAUACCGCUGUCGGGGGGGCUGCCCGGCUGACUGGGUGUGGAUUGUGCCCCCCAUGUCUGGAAGCAUCACCCCCGUCUUCCACCAAGAGAUGCUUAACUACAGGCUCACUCCGUCCUUCGAAUACCAGCCUGAUCCUUGGAACACCCACGUCUGGAAGGGGACCAACGGGACCCCCACAAAGCGGCGAGCCAUCGGCUUCAAGAAGCUGGCUGAAGCUGUCAAGUUCUCGGCAAAGCUGAUGGGCCAGGCAAUGGCGAAGAGGGUCAAAGCGACCAUCCUGUAUGCCACAGAGACGGGCAAAUCACAAGCCUACGCCAAGACCUUGUGUGAGAUCUUCAAGCAUGCCUUUGACGCCAAGGUGAUGUCUAUGGAGGAGUAUGACAUCGUGCACCUGGAACAUGAAACUCUGGUCCUCGUGGUGACCAGCACCUUUGGCAAUGGAGACCCCCCCGAGAAUGGAGAGAAAUUUGGCUGUGCUUUGAUGGAAAUGAGGCACCCCAACUCUGUACAGGAGGAAAGGAAGUACCCGGAACCCUUGCGUUUCUUUCCCCGUAAAGGGCCUUCCCUUCCCCGGGGUGACUCUGAAGUCCACCGUCUGGCUGCAGCCCGUGACAGCCAGCACAGGAGCUACAAGGUUCGAUUCAAUAGUGUCUCCUCCUACUCUGACUCCCGGAAGUCAUCCGGCAAUGGACCUGACCUCAGGGACAACUUUGAGAGCACUGGCCCUCUGGCCAAUGUCAGGUUCUCAGUGUUUGGCCUUGGCUCUCGAGCAUACCCUCACUUCUGCGCCUUCGGACAUGCUGUGGACACCCUCCUGGAAGAGCUGGGAGGAGAAAGGAUCCUGAAGAUGAGGGAGGGGGAUGAGCUGUGUGGGCAGGAAGAGGCCUUCAGGACCUGGGCCAAGAAAGUAUUCAAGGCAGCCUGUGAUGUUUUCUGUGUGGGGGAUGAUGUCAACAUUGAGAAGGCAAACAACUCCCUCAUCAGCAAUGACCGCAGCUGGAAGAGGAACAAAUUCCGCCUCACCUAUGUGGCAGAAGCACCAGAACUUACCCAAGGUCUUUCCAACGUCCACAAAAAGCGAGUUUCUGCUGCGCGACUCCUGAGCCGACAAAACCUCCAGAGUCCUAAAUCCAGCCGAUCAACCAUCUUUGUGCGUCUCCACACCAACGGGAAUCAGGAGUUGCAGUACCAGCCUGGGGACCACCUGGGUGUCUUCCCUGGAAACCAUGAGGACCUCGUGAAUGCGCUCAUUGAGCGGCUGGAGGACGCACCCCCUGCUAAUCAGACGGUGAAGGUGGAGCUGCUGGAGGAGCGGAACACGGCUUUGGGCGUCAUCAGUAAUUGGAAGGAUGAGCCCCGCCUCCCGCCCUGCACCAUCUUCCAGGCCUUCAAGUAUUACCUGGACAUCACCACGCCACCCACACCCCUACAGCUUCAGCAGUUCGCCUCCCUGGCCACCAACGAGAAAGAGAAACAGCGUCUGCUGGUCCUCAGCAAGGGGCUACAGGAGUAUGAGGAGUGGAAAUGGGGUAAGAACCCCACCAUGGUGGAAGUGCUGGAGGAGUUCCCAUCCAUCCAGAUGCCCGCCACCCUGCUCCUUACCCAGCUGUCUCUGCUGCAGCCACGCUACUACUCCAUCAGCUCCUCCCCAGACAUGUACCCUGAUGAGGUGCACCUCACAGUGGCCAUCGUCUCCUACCACACCCGAGAUGGAGAAGGGCCAAUUCACCACGGCGUGUGCUCCUCCUGGCUCAACCGGAUCCCAGCUGACGAGCUGGUCCCCUGCUUCGUGAGAGGUGCCCCCAGCUUCCACCUGCCCCGAAAUCCCCAGGUCCCCUGCAUCCUGGUUGGCCCAGGCACUGGCAUUGCCCCCUUCCGAAGCUUCUGGCAGCAACGGCAAUUUGACAUCCAACACAAAGGAAUUAGUCCCUGCCCCAUGGUCCUGGUGUUCGGGUGUCGGCAGUCCAAGAUUGACCAUAUCUACAAGGAGGAGACCUUACAGGCCAAGAACAAGGGGGUCUUCCGAGAGCUGUACACAGCCUACUCCCGGGAGCCAGACAAACCAAAGAAGUACGUGCAGGACGUCCUACAGGAACAGCUGGCCGAGCCCGUGUACCGAGCCCUGAAGGCAGGGGGCCACAUUUACGUCUGUGGGGAUGUCACUAUGGCUGCCGAUGUCCUCAAAGCCAUCCAGCGCAUCAUGACCCAGCAGGGGACUUCCGAGGAAGAUGCCGGCCUGUUCAUCAGCAGGCUGAGGGAUGACAACCGGUACCAUGAGGAUAUUUUUGGAGUCACCCUGAGAACAUAUGAAGUGACCAACCGACUUAGAUCUGAGUCCAUUGCCUUCAUUGAAGAGAGCAAAAAAGACACAGAUGAGGUUUUCAGCUCCUAACCGGAUCUUCCUGCCCAGAUGGCCGGCAGGGUGGCCACCCCAAGUGCUCCAGCGAGGGCGGCCACAGGUUCCCAAGCGCGGACACACAUGGCUGAACCUUUCCCACCGGACCCCACGUGGCCCUCCGCUCUGCCUCUCGUCCUGUCGUUGUGUCCUGGUCCUCCUCUUCUGGGUUCUCACCCCUCAGUGGUGUCCUCGGCCCCCUGCUGCAACGCAACACCUGUAUACUCUGCGUGGCUCUUACGAAACCGUGUCCUCCCACCCUCUCGCUGCCUGGGGCAGGUCACGGUGCAUGAAACCACUGGAUCGCGGCCAUCGCUCCUGUUAGGGUCUGUCAUCCAGAGUCCCCUGGGAAGGCACUAGGCACUGAACCUCAGAAAUCUCCUGGGCCAGUCCCUCAGCCGCUCAAGUCCCCCCCCCAAUCCUUUUUUAUGGUGCCGUUUUGCUCGUGCGCAUGUGUGCGCGUGUGUGACAGGCCGGGUCUCUGUCUGUCCUCUUCCCUGUGCAAACAUGUUACUCAUAGAUCGAACUCUUUCACAGAGGACCUGCGGUGGUCCGUGUUAAUUCCCUGUGUGUCCAUAACAAAGGGUGUAUGUCAAUGUCCCUGGAAGACUUGGAAGCCCCUUAAUUGUCCUGGUUUAAAAAAAAAAGGGGGGGGGGAUUCAGGGACUGAGGAAGGAGGUUUGAGGACAGAGAGGAAAAUCUUCCCUACAGAAUUUGAUGUGUUUAGGUUCUGACAAGUCCGCACAGUGCUCACUGGGAAACGAACCGAUCUAACAGUCUAGUAAACCCUGUCUCCAAAUACACUCACCCCAGCCAGGACACCUGAUGGGGUCACAUUCAGUGCGCCCCCUCGCCAGGCAUUCCCAGCUAUGAGGCCCAGAAAUCAUGCAGCCAGAGGGACUAUGCUGUAAAUAAGGGCCUUUCCAUCUUGCCACUGAACCACCUGCUCUCAGUUUGCUCCAGUCACCCUUUUAUGAACCUAAAGAAUGUGAGUAGAUCAGGCUUUAACACUUGGGAACCUGGAAGCAAUAUCAAGAAAGAAUAUGAUUGCUGUUUUUUUUUAAUUCCUCCAAAUAAGGUUUGCCACUUCACCCUUGGGGAUUAAGUCAUGAAAGCCAGUUUUAAGGAACCAGAGUAGAGAGAGAUGACGUCAUGACGAACUACCAGGAUUCUUCUGGUAGGAACCACGACUCAGGAUGGGAAGAAACUGGCCCUUGGGCCUGCUGAAAUAAUUUUGACAGAUAGCCUUGACUCAGAUCCCCAAAAAAUGGACAACAAAGCGUCAAGAAGGAAUUAGGACAAUUUUUCCCUCAGAGGCAGCCUACUGAGUUCCCCUUCUCAGAUUAAGUGGGGUGGGAGAGCUAAAUCAGUGUCAGGUGGCAAUGAAAGACAGCCAAGAAAUCCUCAUGUCCCCAGCCUCAAGGAUCACUCCUGGGUCCCCAGUUCUGUCCUGUUCUGUUCUGGUCUGUUUCGGUUGGUCAGAUUGAAAGGUUACAUUUCCUUAUGUCCUGUCAUGGACAUUUCUUUCUUCAUGCUCAAUUUGGAGGCCUGUCAAAGAGAAAGUGUCAUGGCUUUGGAAGGGAUAUCCAGUUUGGAGUACCAACACCCUAAAGGCUGCAACCCCUUAAGGUUAAAAGGCAAAUCAGGUCUCAUUUUCUCCACUCCACCCUCCCUGAUGACCCCACUCGAGACCCCAACCCUGGCAUGUAGUUACCACCUCACCUGCCUCUCUUUAAUCCCACUUUGUCCUGCUCAGUCUUCCAUGGAUAUAGGAACUGAGCAUCUCAGUCAAGCUUGGAGGGAAACCUUCAUAGCCCUUUCUUUCCUGUCUCAAGUCUGGCUGGUUUUAAGUCACUCUUCUCCCAGCUGCUUUGUUUCUGCUCCUUUGAGACUUUGGGGACACUGUCUCAGAUAUCACUAAUUCCCUGAACUGCUAUGUCCUUCUUCAAACCAAGAUUCCUGCAGGAACGACUUUGCACUGUGUACUUACUAUGUGUUGGGCACCUUCUGUGUGUCUUUGUCCUCUUAAUAGCAGACAGACAGAUGGAAACCUUCUUUCAUUUUGUCAGAGAGUGCAAAGAAAUUAUUUGUAACCAAAAUCAUCUUUCUUCCAAAAGGAACUUUUUUGGGGAUGUGAUGCUGGGGAUUGAACCCAGGGACUCCCAAAUACUAGGCAAGUGCUCUACCACUGAGCCACACUGCCAGACCCCAGAAGAACUUGUUUUAAGACCUUUGAAACACCACAUAAGCUGCUUCAUACAGGAGCUUAAUCUGAUGAUUUCCCUCCUUUGCUGGGAUCCCUCAGAACCAAAAAGCCCUAUUGCCUUGAGAAAGCCUAUCAAGGGUCAGAGAGCAGAGUAGGGUUGUGGGGUAGCUCUGAUUCAAAGAGGAUAAAUACUUCCUUCUGCUGGCAGAUUUUAGUUCAGACCCCAUAACCAACAAUAGAUGCAAAAUGAGAUUUUUGCAGUAGGUAAACAAAGUCAGGGUGGACUGGGUUCUUGUGGCCCAUUUAUUUUCCCUCUCUCUCUCUCUGAAAAAUGAGCCCCGUUUUGCAAAAGUGGGUUUGACCAGGAGGAAUGAGAUACCCACGAGACAGGAGCCCAUCACAUCCCAUUGUCCUAUUACCACUGUGACUCCAGCAUGGAACUGCAGAAGACAUUAAGUCCCAGAAGGGGAGGGGGCCUCCCCAGGGUCCUGGGAGUGAGACAGCCAGGUGUUGAAUUUCCUGUGGGAGAAAAUGAUUCAGAUCCACCAAAAUAGACUUUUGAAAGCAGACCUGAGUCCAAACCCUAACCGCACCUGGCUUUUGCAGAUGUCUGUGGGGGCUGGGUAAUUGAGCUUUCCCAGUCUACAGAUCUAGCUGUACAAAGAAGGUGAAUUGCUUGAGACAGUGUGGAGUUACAGUUGUCUGGCCCAAAUGUUGAAGACCUUGCUUCUGCAGGGCGUGGAAGGAAGUGUCCAGAGAACAGAAAAACAGUUCUUCCGUGUCAGAAUCUGGUGGGUAGAGAUGCUGUUCUCAGAAUUGACCAGGCUUUGAGAAGACAUGGGUGAGAGUUCGCUGGUGGAUUUCGGAAGAUAUGAGCUUACCAGGAAGUGGGCAAAACAAAAGGGAAGAGACAGGAGAACCGGAGGGUGAAUCCUGCUGUUUUGGAAGGCCGAGGAGAUCAGGGCAGGGAGGCAAGCACUGGGAAGAGCUGUAGAAGCCAGGCAACAGAUAUGGUAAGUGGCAUGGUGACUUCAUUUUUUAGACAACUGGUAGACCUCAGUACAUUUUUCUGACAUCUCCAGUCACUUUGAGUUAUGCUUGGAAAAGAAGGUGUGGUUGAAGCAGCCACUGUGGGCAGCCCAUAGUCUUUGGCCAAUUAUUAUUGCCACCAAGAUGGAAGCCAGGGAAGAAGUAGCUAGAGUAAUAGAUUCCAGGGGAUGAAUCUACAGGACCUGGUGCCCUGUCUGUCUUGGAUGGAGAGUAAGGACAAUAACUAGCAUAAAGCUGUGUCCUUAACUGACAGUGGGGCGGUCCAGCAAAACCUAGACACAAAGGAAGAAAACUGAGCCCGGCUAACAGACUAACCCUCCUCUCAGUAGCACCUGCUUCCAGUCUCCAAAAAGCUCAGAUUUUGUCCUCAGCCCAAAACAAGGGAGAGGUGUUCUGACCCAAAUCACAGGAUAAGUGGUUCCUGCUAGGUUGGGCCCCUCCCUCCCUACACCAUUUGAAAACUGAGAGCUUCUGGAUUGUUUUAAGCCAGCCACGUUUGCUUAUAUAGUUCCAUCUUGAAGAAGGCCUUGCCUCCCAAGAACCAAACACAGACAAUCCCCACGGACAUGGAGUUGGCCUUUGGGGGCCAAGACUGACCUGACCUCCUGGCUUUCUCUCACACUCACCCCUUUUCCCCAGUUCUCUGCCAGUCCCCACCUGGUGACAAAAGGAGCCUGGAAAGAAAAGUUUCCACUCCCCAAACCCUCUUGUGUCUCCAAUAUGGCAUAUGGGCAUCUGUUCUUAUUACAAGUUGAGCAUUCUUUUUUUGUCUU